AUGGCGGCGGCAAUCAAGGCUCUCAACGCCAAAAUCCGGGCAAAUCCAGUCACGGAUUACUUUUGCUCGACUCACUUCUGGGGUCCUGCUAGCAACUUCGGCAUCCCUAUCGCGGCUGUUAUGGACACUCAGAAGGACCCCGAAAUCAUCUCCGGCCGCAUGACCGCCGCCCUCUGCGGCUACAGCGCCGUAUUUAUGCGAUACGCCAUGGCCGUCACGCCCCAGAACUACCUACUCUUCGGCUGCCAUCUCGUCAACUUCACCGCGCAAUCCACGCAAGCGUACCGAUUCGUCAACUACUGGUACAUGGGUGGACGGGAGAAGACUUUGGAGGGCAAGGCGAAAGAGGGGUUGGCGGUUGCGGAGAACACGGUGGAGGGUAUUGCUGGUCAGGCACAAGAGCUUGCGGCGAAGGCGCAGAAUAAGGCGGGCGAUUUGGCAGGUGAGGCGAAGAAGCAGGUUGACAAGGCGACGAGGUAG